UCUGUCUGUCUGACCUGUCUGUCUCUCUCUCUCUCUCUCUAUCUGACCUGUCUGUCUCUCUCUCUCUCUCUCUCUCUCUCUCUCUGACCUGUCUGUCUCUCUCUCUCUCUCUCUCUCUCUCUGUCUGACCUGUCUGUCUCUCUCUCUCUCUCUCUCUCUCUCUGACCUGUCUGUCUCUCUCUCUCUCUCUGCCUGUACCUGUCUCUCUCUCUGUCUGUCUGACCUGUCUGUCUCUCUCUCUCUCUCUCUGUCUCUACCUGUCUGUCUCUCUCUCUCUCUCUCUCUCUCUCUCUCUCUCUCUCUCUCUCUCUCUCUCUCUCUCUCUCUCUCUCUGCCUCUACCUGUCUGUCUCUCUCUACCUGUCGGUCUCUCUCUCUGUCUCUGUCUCUCUGUCCAUCUGCAGUCAUGUCCUCCAGGCCUGAGAGUAAGACAGCCUCCCAGUUUGCGACGCUCACGAUGAAACUGAAGGAUAAACUCCACCAGCAACGGAGUCGAUAUGCUGAACGAAUCAAACACACCCCGUCACAGAGAAGCAAACCACCGGACCUGGACCUCACUGAACACACACACAGAGACAAGCCGGUGUGUGAGCUGGGUGAGCAGCAGCGUGUGGUGAUAAACUCUCUUCAGUACUUCAAAGCGUUGGUGGAUCGGUUCGGAGUGGACAAAGUGGACAAAGUGGUGCAGGACCGGUGUGUGGUGGGGGGGAUGCUGGGGGGGGCGUCCAGCACCGUCCUGGAGGAGGUCCAGACUCUGGUCCAGCUGGAGCCACGCCUCCACAGAAGCCGGACCGUCUGCGCCUGCCUCACGCGUCUGCACGCCUCCGUGGCCGAUCUGAUUCGCUGGGUGGAUCAGGUGAUACUGCAGGUUGUUACCGCCGGCAACAAGGAGUCCACCGUCAGCGUUACCACGGUGAUCAAGAUGGUGUUGGACGGGGUGAAGGAGCUGGCUCGAUUGGCUGCAGAGAGAAAAGAAGGCUCCGCCCCCGUGUCUCCCGUCCAAUCACAGCCAGCCGUGGAGCUGCCGGGACAGUCAGAGGAGGACCAACCUCCUCCCAAACCUGUGAUGCCCCUCCUGGAGCACCGCCACUCACUGACCCCCACUCAGGCAUUCAGUCCUCCAGCCCUGCCUCCCAAAAAACGCCCCUCAUCAUCAGGCCCCGCCCCCUGCAGGGUCGCCAUAGUAGCACCAAUGAGAAGAGAGACUGAAGCAGAGCGACAGGAGUGGGAGGAAGACGACCUGAAGAGCUACUCGUCAUCGUCUGCAGACUCUGGUGUUCAGCUGGUUGUGGACGAGGAUCCAGACUACGACUUCCUCCACACAGACCUGUCGUCCUGUGAGACGCUGCCUCCUCUUCCUCCCCCCUCCUCCCUCCCCCCCACCCUGCCAGAGAAGAGACGACGCAGCGCUGCAGAAGUUUCCAGCUCUCAGUCUUCGCCAGCUUUUGAGUUUGGCCCCGACCAUCAGGAACAAAGCCCCACCCACUCAGAUGAUGUCAUAGAUCCUGAGUCUCUGUCCUCGCCGCUGUCCCCCAGCAAGUCGCCACCCCCCCUCCCCGAGAAGAAACGACACAUCCAUCAGUACCUUCAGUUCUGUUCUUCGUACAACGCUGAAACUGCAGCCAUGUUCUACUCGCGGCCUUCGACCCACAGUCAGCGCCAAAGCACCAAGCGGCCCACGCACACACAUCAGGACCCAGACUCCGCCUCCACACCUGAGCCGGCGCCUGCUCCAGCUCUACCACCGAAGAAGAGGCAGCAGGAUCCUGAUGAAGACGAUGAAGAGAGCGAAGAGCAGCUCAUCAGAGACAGUUCCCACAGCCUCCAGCAGGAGGAGCAGCAGGAGCAGCAGGAGCAGCAGGAGGAGUUGUUACUGAAAAAGAAGGAGAUCAUCCCCAGGAUCACCCCGGUCAAUGAGGGCGACCAUGAUGAUGUGCUAGAGGUGAAAGCAGCGUCUCCUGACAUCUUAUUGGCCUACGCUGCAGAGACUGAGAGCAGCACUGAACCAGGAUACCGUGAAGCCUUCCUCUACACCUACAGGUGUUUCAUCAGCCCGAGUGAUGUCAUCAGUAAACUACGGCACAGGUACAGACACCUGAAGGAGGGAGGAGAACCUGAACAAGAGAACUCCUUCAACCUGCUGCUCAGUGUGGUGGAUCAGCUCAGUGCGGUAGAGCUGGAUCCUGAUUUGUUGCUGCUGUUAAUGGACUUGGUGUUCAGCCUCCUGAUUGGUGGAGAGCUGACACAGGCCCGCCAGCUGCGCUCCAUAAUCCUGUCAAAGAUGGAGCAGAAGUGGCAGCUGAUUGGCUCUCCUCAGUCUCUCCGCCCGCUCGCUGCCAAGGGCGUGGCUGCCAGACCAGGAACUCUGCUGGAUUUCAGGAGUCACGAUUUAGCCGAACAGCUGACUCUGCUGGACUCUGAGCUGUUCUACAAGAUAGAGCUCCAGGAGGUGUUGCUGUGGUCUAAGGAGCAGAAUGAGGAGAAGAGUCCUAACCUGACAGCGUUCACUCAGCACUUCAACAACGUUUCCUUCUGGGUGCGUUCAGUCAUCAUACUUCAGGACAAACCUCAUGACCGGGAGAAACUACUGCUGAAGUUCCUGAAAACUAUGAAGCACCUGAGGAGGCUGAAUAACUUUAAUUCGUACCUGUCCAUCCUGUCGGGGCUGGACUCGGCCCCCCUGCGGCGCCUGGACUGGCAGAAGAACACAGCUGAGAGUCUGGAGGAGUACAGCUCGUUGAUUGACAGCUCGUCAUCGUUCAGAGCCUACAGAGCAGCUCUGAAUGAAGCGGAACCUCCCUGCAUACCCUACCUGGGUUUGAUCCUUCAGGACUUGACGUUCGUCCACCUGGGGAAUCCUGACAAAUUGAAGACACCAGAGGGUUCAAAGGUCAACUUCUCCAAAAACUGGCAGCAGUUUAACAUCCUGGACACGCUGAGGACCUACCAGCAGACGCCGUACCAGCUGCAGCCCAACGAUGACAUCAUAUCCUUCUUUAACGAGUUCAGUGAUCACCUGGCGGAGGAGGCGUUAUGGGAACUUUCUCUCAGGCUCCGCCCCAGAAACACUCCUCGAGCCAAUAACAGAUGAGCUGAAACGUCUACCAGCCAAUCAGAGAAAAGCAGGAGUGACCCCCUCUGAGCCAGGACUCAGGCUGUGCUAACCUGUGCUAACUGUUAGCCAGGUGUUAGCCAGGUGUUCCAGUGGGCGUGGCCUCUUCCUGACCUUUGACCUUUUGAAGUGUAUUCACUGUAAUUUUGUCUCACAUCCAAUCAGCUGUUAAAUGAUUAAUAAACAUGUUUACACCUGUCCCCACCUGUCCUCACCUGUCCCCACCUGUCCUCACCUGUCCCCACCUGUCCUCACCUGUCCCCACCUGUCCUCACCUGUCCCCACCUGUCCUAGACCUGACCCCACCUGUCCUAAACCUGACCCCACCUGUCCUCACCUGUCCCCACCUGUCCUCACCUGUCCUAGACCUGACCCCACCUGUCCCCACCUUUCCCCACCUGUCAUAAACCUGUCCCCACCUUUCCCCACCUGUCAUAAACCUGUCCCCAC